AUGAGUGUUGAAGAUGAAAAGACACGUGCUGAAGCGCUACUGUUACAAACCAUCAGUAACGAAGGAUCUGUCGCGGACACGUAUGAUUUCUCACUAGCAAACAAUUUAUCGCACGAAUUAGUGGUCGGUGUGAUGAAGUCGCUUCUGGUGGAUGCUUUCGUGGCCGACACGGAGCGUUCCACGUCUUUUUACGUGCUAAAAGACGAAGCUAAAAUAUUCUUAGACCAUGGAUCUCCUGAGAUCCAAGUAUUUCGUGCCAUACCGGUCGAGGGAGUCGAUCGUAAGACUUUAGAAGCCGCAAUUGGCGCCGCGACGCUGAAGGUUGGUCAGGGUGCGUGCAUGAAGAACAAGUGGAUUCGUCUGGACAAGGCGGACGGCAAGUUCUACCGCAAUACGGAACAAGCUGAUGACAACGUUACAGAGAUGCUUCGUCGGGUGGAACAAGCGGAUGGCGCUAUUUCGGCCAUUUCCCAAGACGAAGCCAAUACGCUAAAGCGCCGUAAGCUUAUAGAGACACGUACGCGUAAAUCUUAUACGCUGACGAAGGGCGCAAAUUUUGCGCUGCAGAGAAAGAAACAGGCGGCUGGACUCACGAAAGAAAUGCUGGAAGGAGAUGCGUGGAAGAAGGAGACUUUCAAGCCAUACAACUUUAAAAGCAUGGGAUUAAGUGUGGGAGGUGGCCAUUUGCAUCCGCUUAUGAAAGUGCGCACUGAGUUUCGUCGCGUGCUGAUGGACAUGGGAUUUCAAGAAAUGCCUACUAACCGCUUCGUGGAGAGUAGUUUCUGGAAUUUUGACUCAUUGUUUCAGCCGCAGUCUCAUCCUGCUCGCGACGCGCAUGAUACGUUCUUCCUUACCUAUCCCAAAUACUGCCGAUCAGUUCCAGAGGAGUAUUACAAGCGCGUCCACGACAUGCACGAAAAUGGCGGAUUUGGCUCUAUUGGUCACGGCCGUGGUGCCUUCAAGCGUGAGACGUCCAUGACAAACAUUUUAAGAACACACACCACCGCCAUCUCUGCUCAGAUGUUGUACAAGCUUGCCAAUCAACCCGGUGGCUUUACCCCGCAAAAGUAUUUCUCUAUCGAUCGUGUUUUCCGUAACGAAAGUAUGGAUGCAACUCAUUUGGCUGAGUUUCAUCAGGUCGAAGGCGUCGUGGCUGACUAUGAUCUCUCAUUGGGUGAUCUGAUCGGCAUUAUCAAAGCUUUCUUUCUGAAGAUCGGUAUCACGCAGAUGCGUUUUAAGCCAGCAUACAAUCCGUAUACGGAGCCCAGUAUGGAAAUCUUCGCUUUUCACCCAGACUUAAAGAAGUGGACGGAGAUUGGGAACUCGGGUGUGUUCCGCCCAGAGAUGCUUCGUCCGAUGGGUCUGCCAGAGAAUGUUCGUGUUAUUGCGUGGGGUUUAUCGCUCGAGCGUCCUACGAUGAUAAAAUACCGUCUCAACAAUAUUCGAGACCUUUUCGGUCAUAAGAUUGACCUGGAGCAGACCCGGUCAGCCAAGCUUUAUCGCUACUAG